CGGCGGCGGCGGCGGCGGCGCGUCACGCUUUCCCCCUCCCCGCCCCGAGCCGACGAGCCGGGAGGCGGUGGCGGCUGCUGCUGCUGCGGCGGCGACGGAGGUGCAGGUGUCGGCGGCCGGCGACGACGGAGGCGGCGGCCGGCGACGUCACCUGGAGGCCGGCUCCACGGUGCAACCCCCCGCAGCUGUGUCGAUGGUCCGGGGAAGAUAGUGGCACCGGGCGCGGAAGAGCAGCGGCCCCGCCGCACCGAGCACAAGCAUGCUGAGGCCCAGCGGGCUCAAGGUGCCCACCAAGAUCCUCAAGCCCGGCGCCACAGCCGUGAAGGCGCCGGCCGCCGUGGCAGCCCCCGCGGAAAAGCCGGUGCCCAGCGAGAAGGCGCCCGGUGCGCCCCCCGCCGAGGCGCCCGAGGAGUUUGUGGACGACUUCCGCGUCGGGGAGCGCGUCUGGGUGAAUGGCAACAAGCCCGGCUUCAUCCAGUUCCUGGGGGAGACCCAGUUCGCCCCCGGCCAGUGGGCCGGGAUCGUGCUGGACGAGCCCAUCGGCAAGAACGACGGCUCGGUGGCGGGGGUCCGGUACUUCCAGUGCGGGCCCCUGAAGGGCAUCUUCACGCGGCCGUCGAAGCUGGCGCGGAAGCUGCAGGCCGAGGAUGAGGCCAACGGCCUGCAGGCGGCGCCCGCCGGCCGGGCGCAAUCUCCUGUGUCCACGGCCCCCUCCCCGGCGCCCCCCGCCGGUGCUCCCCUGAAGCCGUCCCAGCCGGCAGCGAAGGACGCCCCAGCCACGCCGCCCAUCAGCAACCUCACGAAGACUGCCAGCGAGUCUACCUCCAACCUCUCGGAGGCCGGCUCGGUCAAGAAGGGAGAACGGGAGCUCAGGAUCGGGGACAGGGUGCUGGUCGGCGGCACCAAGGCCGGCGUGGUCCGGUUCCUCGGGGAGACGGACUUUGCCAAGGGGGAGUGGUGCGGCGUGGAGCUAGACGAGCCUCUGGGCAAGAACGACGGGGCCGUCGCCGGAACGAGGUACUUUCAGUGUCAGCCCAAAUAUGGCCUGUUCGCUCCCGUGCACAAAGUGACCAAGAUCGGCUUCCCGUCCACCACGCCGGCCAAAGCCAAGGCCGCCGCCGUGAGGCGCGUGAUGGCCACCACGCCCGCCAGCCUGAAGCGCAGCCCGUCGGCGUCCUCGCUCAGCUCUCUGAGCUCCGUGGCCUCCUCCGUGAGCAGCAAGCCCAGCCGCACAGGAUUACUGACCGAGACCUCCUCCCGCUACGCCCGGAAGAUCUCCGGCACCACCGCCCUCCAGGAGGCCCUGAAGGAGAAGCAGCAGCACAUUGAGCAGCUGCUGGCCGAACGGGAUCUGGAGAGGGCGGAGGUGGCCAAGGCCACGAGCCACGUGGGGGAGAUAGAGCAGGAGCUAGCGCUGGCCCGGGACGGACACGACCAGCACGUCCUGGAGCUGGAGGCCAAGAUGGACCAGCUGCGGGCCAUGGUGGAAGCUGCCGACAGGGAGAAGGUGGAGCUUCUCAACCAGCUGGAGGAGGAGAAAAGGAAGGUUGAGGACCUUCAGUUCCGGGUCGAGGAGGAAUCCAUCACUAAAGGCGACCUUGAGGUGGCCACAGUGUCAGAAAAGUCUCGUAUCAUGGAGCUGGAGAAAGACCUGGCCCUGCGGGCGCAGGAAGUAGCUGAGCUGCGGAGGAGGCUCGAGUCCAGCAAACCCGCCGGGGACGUUGACACGUCGCUGUCCCUUCUGCAAGAGAUAAGCGCUUUGCAGGAAAAGCUGGAAGCCACCCGCACCGACCACCAGCGAGAAGUGGCGUCUCUGAAGGAGCAGUACGGGGCCCGGGAGGAAGCCCAGCGGAAGGAGGUGAAGGCCCUCCAGGCCUCCGCGGAGAAGCUCUCCAAAGAGAACGAGUCGCUGAGGAGCAAGCUGGAGCACGCCGACAAGGAGAACGCGGACGUGAUCGCGCUGUGGAAGUCCCGGCUGGAGUCGGCCAUCGCGUCCCACCAGCAGGCGAUGGAGGAGCUGAAGGCGUCCUUCAGCAAGGGCGUCGGGGCGGAGACGGCGGCGCUGGCCGAGCUGAAAACGCAGAUCGAGAAGGCGCGGCUGGAUUACCAGCACGAGAUAGAGAGUUUGCAGAACAAGCAGGACUCGGAGCGGUCGGCCCACGCCAAAGAGAUGGAGGCCGUCCAGGCGAAGCUGAUGGAGGUCAUCAGCGAGAAGGAGAGCAGCCUGGAAGCCGUCCAGUCGAAGCUGGACAGGGCCGAGGAGCAGCACCUGGUGGAGAUGGAGGACACGCUGAGCAAGUUGCAGGAAGCAGAAAUCAAGGUAAAGGAGCUAGAGGCGCUACGAGCCAAAUGCGGUGAACAGACCAAGGUCAUUGAUGAUUUUACAUCACGGCUCGAGGCCGCCGAGGAGAAGCUCUUGGACCUUGAUGCGCUUCAGAAAGCCAGUUCCGAAGGUAAAGCGGAAAUCGAGACACUUAGACAGCAGCUGGAGGCGGCUGAGAAACAGAUUAAAAGUUUAGAGGUUGCAAAGGAGGCCGAAAGUGGCAAGGCUAGUAGCAUCGCCAAAGAGCUGCAGGGGAGGGAGCUCACGCUCAGUGAGCUCCAGGAGCGUUCGAGCGCGGUCAGUCGAGCGAAGGAGGCUUUGGAGAAGGAGCUCCAGACUCUGAGAGAGAAGUUUGCCAAUGCUUCAGAGGAGGCGGUCUCUGUGCAGAGGAGCAUGCAAGAAACUGUAAAUAAACUACACCAAAAAGAGGAGCAGUUCAACGCGCUGUCUUCCGAACUGGAGAAGCUGAGAGACAACUUGACAGACAUGGAGGCGAAGUUCAGGGAGCGAGACGAGAGAGAAGAGCAGCUGAUAAAGGCGAAAGGAAAACUCGAGAACGACAUCGCGGAAAUCAUGAGAAUGUCAGGCGACAACUCCUCUCAGCUGACCAGGAUGAAUGACGAGCUGCGUCUGAAGGAGAGAAACAUAGAAGAACUGCAGCUGAAACUUACCAAGGCCAACGAGAGCGCAGGCCUUCUGCAGAGAAGCCUUGCGGAAGCGACGCUCAAGGCCGAGCAGAGCCAGCGAGAAGCGGCUGGAAAGCACGAGGAGGAAAAGCAAGAGCUGCUGGGAAAGCUGCUGGACCUGGAGAAGAAGGCGGAAGUGAGCCACAACCAGUACCAGGACCUGAAAGCCAGGUACGAGGGAGCCAGCGCCGAGGCCCGGGCGAAGCACGAGGAGGCGGUGCGGGAGCUGCGGCAGCGGCUGCAGGACGCGGAGCAGCAGCUGGCGGCGGCGCAGGAGCAGCACCGGGACCUGCUGCAGGAGAUGGGGGAGCUGAGGAAGCAGGCCGACAAAGCCAGAUCGCUAACCUAUUUGUUCACAUCAGCCAGAAAAGAGAUCGAGCUCAUGUCAGAAGAGCUGAGGGGUCUGAGGUCCGAGAAGCAGCUUCUCGCGCAGGAGGGGAACGCUUUAAAGUUAGAGAAAGGUUCGCUUUUGUCCAAGCUGGUCGAGGUGGAGGCCAAAAUAACCUUGCUGCAGGAAGACCAGCAGAAACUGUGGUCAAUAAACGACACUCUCACUCUAGAGAAGGAGAAAGUCCUGGAGGAAAAGCAGGACGCCGAGAAGCUGCGCCAGCAGGAACAGCGCCGCGGCGAAGCCCUGGCUGCCGAGAGGGAGAAACUGCUCCAAGAGGUCGACACCGCGCAGGAAGAACUCCUGAAGAUCCACACGGAGAACGACUCCUUGCGGGCCUCCAAAGUGACCCUGCAGGCUCUCGUAGAAGAGCUCCAGUUCAGCAAAGACAGCCUGAUCGCCGAGUGCCAGAAGGGCCGGGAGGAGAAAGACCGCCUGGACAGUCACGCCCAGAAGCUUGUGGCCGAGCACCUGGCCUUGGCGAAAGAGAAAGAUGAGACGAUUCAGAAGCUCCGGAGCUCUUACGAGGAGCUGACCGAAGACCAGAGAGCCUUGCUGCAGGAGAUCACAGACCUCACAGCCCAGAAAAAGGCAGCAUCCGAGAGGCAGGCAGGCCUUGAAAACAUGUGCGCAGCCUUAAAGGCGGAAAGAGACGCUCUCCUCCAGAGCAGCAGGGACCUGCAGCUCGAGAAAGACGCGCUGCAGCAAGAGCAGGAGACGCUGAACGUCAGCCUGGCAGCCGCCCUGCAAGUUAAACAACUACUCAGCACUGAGGCCAGCGGGCUGCGCGCGCAGCUGGACGGUGCCAGCAAAGCGCUGAGGAAGGCCGAGCUGGAGACCUUGCAGCUCCAGGCCGCCAAGGGCAGCCUCGCGAAGCUCCUGGAAGAGAUUCAGGCCAGCCGGGCGGUCACGGACUCCGAGUGCCUCCAGCUCCUGCACGAGAAGGAGACCCUGGCCACGUCGGAGAGGAGGCACCUGGCCGAGAAAGAAGACCUCAUGCGUGAGAACAGGUUGCUGGCCGACAAGCUCAGCAAGUGCUCGGACGAGGCCGCCCGCGCUCAGGUGAGCCUGAACGAGCAGCUCGCCUACCUGACUUCUGAGAGGGACAUGGUCUGUCAGAAAAUCUGCAAGGUCAAGAAGCAGCUCGAUAGCGUCUUGAAAGAAAAAUCCGUGCUGGAAAUGCAAAACGGAGACCUGCUUGCCGAAAGAGAGAACUCCAUCAACGCCAUGGGAGAGCUCAAACGGAAGUACGACGAGGAGUGCGCGAGCAGGAGGGUCGCUGUGCAGGAGAAGAUGAAGCUGCUGGGCAAUCUCGACGUGCUGAAGAAGGAGCUGCAGGAGAGAAGGAAGGAAAACCAGGAGCUGGCCGCCACCCAGCGCGAGCUCUCCCUGCUGCUGAAGGAGGCUCAGAACGCCAAGAGGCAUCUGGAGAAAGAGCACACGAGCAUCCAGCAAGCCAGGGAGAGCCUGAACGCUGAGCUCAAGACCUGCUGGUCCGAGAAGGGCAUGCUGCAGGAGGAGUGCCAGAAGCUGAGCCAAGAGACGCAGGCGGCGCAGCAGUCCCUGCUGCUGGAGAAGGAAGCCAGAGCCAAGGACAGCGAGUCCUCCCUGCACGAGCACAGCAAGCUCCGCGGGCGCAUGGCGCACCUGCAGCAGGAGCUGGACGAGGCCAGGGCGUGCGCCGAGACGCUGCAGUCCGAGAACUGCGCGCUGGUCCAAGAGAAGGCCACCUCGGAGCAGAAGGUGGCGGAGAUACUCAAGGAGAAGGAGCUGCUGGCCGCGGAGACGGCGCGGCUCGCCGCCAACAUCGAGACCCUGAAGGGCGACUUCGCCUCCCUGUCCAAGUCCAAGGUGGAGCUGCAGGAGCUGCAUGCCUGCCUCACGGCGAUCUUGGACGACCUGCGGCUGGACCACGAGGCGGCCCUGGCCGACCGGGCCAAGGCGCUGCAGGACAGCCAGAGCCUGCUGGCCGAGAAGCGGGAGGUGGUGCUGAAGAGGGACGAGCUCCUGAAGGAGAAGGAGAAGCUGGCCGAGAGCUACUUCGUCCUGCAGAAGGAGAUCAGCCAGCUGGCCAAGACCAACAGCCACAUCUCGGCCAACCUCCUGGAGUCUCAGAACGAAAACCGUAUUUUGAGGAAAGACAAGAGCAAGCUCACUCUUAGAAUUAGAGAGCUCGAGACGCUGCGCUCGCUGACGGCUGCGCAGACGGCGGACGACGCCAUGCAGAUCGUGGAGCAGAUGACCAAGGAGAAGACCGCCACGCUGGCCUCCCUGGAGGACACCAAGCAGACCAACGAGAAGCUGCAGAGCGAAUUGGACACGCUCAAGGAAAACAACCUGAAGAACGUGGAGGAGCUGAACAAAUCCAAGGAACUCCUGACCGCGGAGAACCAGAAGAUGGAGGAAUUCAGGAAGGAAAUAGAGACGCUGAAGCAGGCAGCGGCGCAGAAGUCCCAGCAGCUCUCGGCGCUGGAGGAGGAGAACGUGAAACUUGCCGAGGAGCUGGGGAGGCGGAGGGACGAAGUCUCGACCCACCAGAAGGUGGAGGAGGAGAGAUCUGUGCUCAACAACCAGUUGUUAGAAAUGAAAAAGAGAGAAUCCAAGUUAUUAAAAGACACCGAUGAAGAAAAAGCUUCCUUGCAGAAGUCCAUCAGUAUUACUAGUGCCUUACUCACGGAGAAGGACGCGGAGCUGGAAAGACUGCGGAAUGAGGUGACGGCGCUCAGGGGGGAGAACGCCUCCGCCAAGUCCCUGCAUUCCGUCGUGCAGUCUCUGGAGUCCGACAAGGUGAAGCUUGAGCUCAAGGUCAAGAACUUGGAGCUGCAACUCAAGGAGAACAGGAGGCAGCUCAGCAGCUCGUCAGGCAACACUGACGCCCAGGCGGAGGAGGACGAGCGGGCCCAGGAGAGCCAGAUUGACUUCCUGAACUCGGUAAUAGUGGACCUUCAGAGGAAGAACCAAGACCUCAAGACGAAGGUGGAGAUGAUGUCAGAGGCAGCCCUUAAUGGGAACGGCGACGACCUGAACAAUUACGACAGCGACGACCAGGAGAGGCAGCCCCGGAAGCCGCCUCGCCUCUUCUGCGACAUCUGCGACUGCUUCGACCUCCACGACACGGAGGACUGCCCCACCCAGGCGCAGAUGUCCGAGGACCCGCCCCACUCCACGCACCACGGCAGCCGCGGCGAGGAGCGCCCGUACUGCGACAUCUGCGAGGUGUUCGGGCACUGGGCCACCAACUGUCACGACGAUGAAACCUUCUGACGGGGCCGUGGGCCGCGGGCCCGGCUCCCGCGGGCGGCCGAACACCAGCAUCGCACACGUGCGGACUUCAGGAGAACGCACGUUAUUUUUGACCCCCGUCGACAAAUCUAAGAGAUUAUUUUGAUCGUCAGCAAAUCGCUCGUUUAGUUUCCCCUUACAAGUUAGAGUAAUAAAUAACAGAACACUUAGUAGGUGAGUUAUCACCUCUAAUGUCGUCCCCCUGACCCUGAAGUCCGAGCGAGACGUUGCACCAGAGGCCGUUACGCGUGUCGUCCCCGAGGGAGACCUCGUAGAACAGUCCCCUCCCCCCAACACCUUAUUUAAGUAAGUUAUGCCGUUACUUUUCAUAUUUGCACUAAAAUCUCUCCAGGCUGCGUUUGUAUAUUUAGACCUUUUGGUUAAGCUUUGACACUGGAAUGAGUUGGAAAAAUGUGCCAUUUCGCAUUUUCAUCUACUCGUUUAUAAAGUAUUCUACUCUUAGUCGAAGAAGUACCUGAGCUCUUUGCACUACCUGCGGUCAGUGGUGCCUUCACUCGGCUUGGUGGCGCUUGGGUGCGGUCACGCAAUCACGGGCCAGGGAGGGGCGGGCCGAGCCCCCGAGCUGCCGGGGGGGCCGGUCUGUAACCCAUAUGCUGCACCCACUUCCUCACUGUGGCGUUUUAUUGGUUUUACAUAAUUUCAGCCUCUAUAUAUUAUAUGUAUAUAUUUUUUAAAAAUCUCUAUUUUGGGAAAAAGCAUACACAAUGUGUCUUUCUUUUCAGACUUUUACCUUAAUGAAAAAGAAAACAAGAGUAUUCAUCAGGACAUAAUGGGCAGGGCCAGAAAGAGCAUCACACGGAGUUGGAAGCAUCUUUUCUUUGGUUUUCGUUCUGUUUCUUCGUCAGAUAGAAAUAAAUACAAAUUUCUUCCUUCUCCCACAGAUAUCUCCCCCAGUCAGUCAAUUAGGCAAUAAACCACCACACAACACCUACAUUAAUUAGUCUACAAUCUACAAGUUGUUUUUACUGUCUUUAGAUGAAUGUAUGAUGAGAAAUUCAACAUGAAUAAUUUUGGAUUUUCUUAUCACAAAAAAAUUGAAUGAAGGACCUCAGCCUCCAGAAGUUUAUCAACCAGUUUGGAUCUAUUUAUCUCGAUUUGAAUGUCUUCUAGAAGAUGUAAAAAGUAAUAAAUGUACCUUCCAUGUUACAUGUAUAAUAAAAACUUCUAUAAUUGUAUAUAUGCCUUUGAUGUAUUUUCCCCUCAAGAUUAUUAAGUGUGUUUGGCAAGUGAAAAAUCUGUAAUCAGUUGAAAUUUUCUGGUUAUAAACAUAAUAGGAAUUGUUUCACAAACAAUAUGUAAAUCAGUAUUAAAAUUUGAGCAAACAGAUGUUCUGUACCUACUUUAAUAAAUGGUUCUUCUCUUUUGCCCA